AUGAAGGUCACACUGAAGGAAUGGAACGCUGUUGCCACCUGGCACUGGGACAUGCCCGAGGACGAGGUGUGCGGUAUCUGCCGCGUCCAGUUUGACGGGACUUGUCCGACCUGCAAAUUCCCCGGCGAUGACUGCGCCCUUUUAAUUGGCAAAUGCGGCCACUCGUUUCAUAUGAAUUCGAGUGGGUCCAAGAAGAAAAAUAAUGGUCUCGGUGACCUGGCAUACUUGCAUAUUAUUCUCUCGCGGCAGGCGUUCAACGGGUUGAUUCAAUGA